CUGGCCCCGGGGGCUUUUGGGAAGGCUGCGGGCGAACCGUCCGGCGCUGCGGUUCCCCGGCGCGCGGGAGCGUCCUCCGGCUUGACGCGGCGAGCGAGCGGGCCUCCUUUGGCGCCCCGAAACCAGUGCAGCCCGUGUUAUAUACAACCCUCAAGAGUCUUUAUUUUCUCCGAUGUUUCCCUAGAAAUAAACCCAGUCACGGAAAUCUGAACACUUUUAUAAAAAGAUGCAGUUUGAAAUCUAUGGCGUGCUUUUGUGUAUGAAUAGUUAUAAAAUACUGAGUUUUCAAAAAGAAGGCUAGUAUGGUACAUUUGUGUGACAGAGAUGCUGUGGCAAAACACGGUCGUUAGUUAUUUGUGAUAACAGGAGAAAGCUAUAUCUUGGUAAAUUAUUCGUCCUUAAUUAUAGCAGUGGGCCUUCAGUGAAACACAGGUGAUCUUUAUAAAAUGCAGUCUGGGUAAGUUUAUGGACAAACUACUGCCUGCUAGCCAGCUGUAUUAAAAUGUUAGACACCGCCGGAGUUAAGAUAGUGAUACAUGUAAGGUUUGGCAGUGAGAGAGCGACAGUUUAGGCAUUAAGCAAGGUCAUUUGCUACGAAUAUUGGAGUCUCAAUAAAGCUUGCGUUGACUUCCCCAGAAGUUAACCGAGGUUAACAGAAUCCGCUUUAGAAAUACUGUGAGGAUGAGCUGUAUGACAUUAGCUUUUAGGAAAUAGGACCAGAAGGAGAAUUUAGUUAUUUGGUUAAAAAAAAAAAGUCUGGAAAAAGGGAACCCCCCCCCCCCAUAUAGUCAGCAGUUGACCUAGUGUCUGGAUUUCAUAACUUGUAAUGAAAAGUAAAUGGAAUAGCUCUUGUGUUACCCAGAAGAAGAGGUUCAUUUGAUUCCAUAGAGUCCUGAGUAGUAUAGGGUCUUGGAAAGUGAGACAGAUUUGAGCUGUGUGAGUGUGAAUUCAUGUAAAUCCAGUCAGAAUGCAAUGAAUUCUAUUUAGGUAGGUGUGUGCCGUUUCAUUCCUGUCUGUGGCAGAGAUCUUAGUGUGAAGUGAAGAUAAGCUUCACAUAACAGUUUAAGCGUCAGAGAUACUGUUACUACUCAUGCACAAAAGUAUCUCCCAGAGUAGUCUGAGGUACCUUACACCAAAACCAAACAGAAUAAUGGAGGAUAGCACAAUCUUGUCAAAUUGGACAAAAGAAAGCAAAGAAAAAAUGACAUACGACUUUUCAUGUGAACUCUACAGAAUGUCCACAUACUCUGCUUUCCCCGCCGGAGUUCCUGUCUCGGAAAGGAGUCUGGCUCGUGCUGGCUUUUACUUCACGGGUGUGAAUGACAAGGUCAAGUGCUUCUGCUGUGGUCUGAUGCUGGACAACUGGAAACAAGGGGACAGUCCUGUUGAAAAGCACAGACAGUUGUAUCCCAGCUGCAGCUUUGUGCAGACUCUGCUCUCAGCUAGGCCGCAGCCCUUGUCUAAGAAUAAUUCUCCUGUGAGAAGUAGGCCACAAGAUGGCCUUCAGUCCAGCCUGGCCUCAGACCCUCUUAAUUCUAGAGCAGUGGAAGACUUCUCAUCAAGGACGAACCCUUGCAGCUAUGCCAUGAGUUCUGAAGAGGCCAGAUUUCUUACUUACAGUAUGUGGCCGUUAAGCUUUCUGUCACCUGCAGAGCUGGCCAGAGCUGGUUUCUACUACAUAGGGCCUGGAGACAGGGUGGCCUGUUUUGCCUGCGGUGGGAAACUUAGCAACUGGGAACCGAAAGAUGAUGCUAUGUCAGAGCACCGGAGACAUUUUCCCAACUGUCCAUUUCUGGAAAAUUCUUCAGAAACACAGAGGUUUAGUAUAUCAAAUUUGAGUAUGCAGACACACACUGCUCGAAUGAGGACAUUUCUGUACUGGCCAUCUAGUGUUCCUGUUCGGCCUGAGCAGCUUGCAAGUGCUGGAUUUUAUUAUGUAGAUCGCAAUGAUGAUGUCAAAUGCUUUUGUUGUGAUGGUGGUUUGAGGUGCUGGGAAUCUGGAGAUGACCCCUGGGUAGAACAUGCCAAGUGGUUUCCAAGGUGUGAGUUCCUGAUACGAAUGAAGGGGCAGGAGUUCGUUGAUGAGAUUCAAGCUAGAUAUCCUCAUCUUCUUGAACAGCUGUUGUCCACUUCAGACACUCCAGGAGAAGAAAAUGCUGACCCUCCAAUUGUGCAUUUUGGACCUGUUGAAAGUUCGGAAGAUGCAGUCAUGAUGAACACGCCUGUGGUUAAAGCAGCUUUGGAAAUGGGCUUCAGCAGAAGCCUGGUGAAACAGACAGUUCAGCAUCAAAUCCUGGCCACUGGUGAGAACUACAGGACCGUGAAUGAUAUUGUCUCAGCACUUCUUAAUGCUGAAGAUGAAAGAAGAGAGGAGGAGAACGAAAGACAAACUGAAGAAAUGGCGUCAGGUGACUUGUCACUAAUUCGGAAGAAUAGAAUGGCCCUCUUUCAACAGUUGACAUGUGUCCUUCCUAUCCUGGAUAAUCUUCUUGAGGCCAGUGUAAUUACUAAACAGGAACAUGAUAUUAUCAGACAGAAAACACAGACACCCUUACAAGCAAGAGAGCUGAUUGACACUGUUUUAGUCAAGGGGAAUGCUGCAGCCAUCAUCUUCAAAAACUGCCUGAAGGAGAUUGACUCCACAUUGUAUGAAAACUUAUUUGUGGAAAGGAAUAUGAAGUAUGUUCCAACAGAAGAUGUUUCAGGCUUAUCUUUGGAAGAACAGUUGCGGAGAUUGCAAGAAGAACGAACUUGCAAAGUGUGUAUGGACAGAGAGGUUUCUAUUGUGUUCAUUCCUUGUGGUCAUCUGGUGGUCUGCCAGGAGUGUGCGCCCUCCCUGAGGAAGUGCCCCAUCUGCAGGGGUACGAUCAAGGGCACGGUGCGCACGUUUCUCUCUUAAAUGAACGAUCUUCAAGUAUUGUUGGACUCCAGAAGCCAUCUGAACAGAGGACGAAUUACUGAUUCAGCUAGUGCAUUCAGGCUCUGCUCUUCUUCACAAUUAGUAAUGUUGCAUCAUUAAAGGUAGUAUUGUAUAUUUAAUCUUAAGCGACUGCAAGGGAAGAUCUGUGCUGGUAAGCUUAGGGAGUGUGUAUGUAGCAGGAGUGGUGGUGCUUGCUUUGUAUUAUUCAGGAGUUACUGGGUUUGGAGUUUGGGGAAGCGUGGAUUCAGGUGACGUGGAGCUCAGAAGUCCUGGAAAUCGGUGGCCCUGGCACUUGGCAGUUAGGGCUCCCUGUGCUUCUUGGUGCUUUUUCCCUGUGGAAAAUAGGAUUUUUCUCUUACUGGUAAAUAGUAUUUCUCCUGUUUGUGAGAAACAUAUUAAUAAAGUGAUUUUUAAAGGCU